UCGGCGCACUUCAUAAGGGAACUUUUGAGUCGACCUCUCCGGGAAAUGUUGGUGCCGCACGGCCGGGAGGCGGAGAGAGAACCAUGCUACCGGCUGCGCUGCGCCCAUCCAGCGCAGCGUCGCACGCAGCCGCUCUGCUCCUAGCGCUCACGUUCCUCACCUGCGCCUCCAACCCCGUCGCAUCUUACUUCGGAUUAACGGGCAAGGAACCCCUCUCCGCGUUCAUCUCGGGGCCCGAGGCGGCUCACGCGGGCCCCGUACCCCGACCGGGCCGCCUCAAGGGCUGCGAGCGUCUGCAGCUGGGGGGCGAGAGGAGGAGGCUGUGCAGGAGGGACCCGGGCGUCGCCGAUGUCCUCCUGGGCGCGGCCGAGCUGAGCGCCGCCGAGUGCCGCGCGCAGUUCAGGGGCGAGCGUUGGCAGUGCGAACUCGAGGAACGCUACCGACUCAACAUACUCAAGCGAGGUUUUCGCGAGACCGCCUUCCUCUACGCGGUGUCGGCGGCCGGCCUGGGCCACGCCGUGGCGCGGGCCUGCAGCCGCGGGCGACUGGAGCGCUGCACGUGCGACGAGACGCCUGGCCUGGAGAACCGCCAGGCGUGGCAGUGGGGCGGCUGCGGGGACAACGUUCGCUACGCCGCCAAGUUCGCGCGCGCCUUCCUCCUGAGACAUGAGGCCAGCAAGGACCUGCGCGCCGGGGUGGACCGGCACAACACUCACCUGGGGAUCAAGAUGGUGAAGAGCGGCGUGCGCACGACCUGCAAGUGCCACGGCGUGUCGGGCUCGUGCACCGUGCGCACCUGCUGGCUGCAGCUGGCGCCCUUCCCCGAGAUCGGCCGCAAGCUCAAGCAGCGCUACGAUACGGCCGUCAAGGUGCUGAGCGUGAGCAACGAGGCGGCGGGCGAGGGCUCGCUGGCGAGGUCGCGGCGCCCGCCCGUCAGCGAGCUGGUCUACGUCGAGGACUCGCCCAGCUACUGCCGCGCCAGCCGCUUCUCCCCGGGCACCGCCAACCGCAGCUGCCUCAAGGGGCGCAACUGCGACAGCGUGUGCUGCGGGCGCGGCUACAACACGCGCGUGCACACGGCCGAGCAGCCGUGCCACUGCCAGGUGCACUGGUGCUGCUACGUGCAGUGCCAGCAGUGCUCCAAGCGCGAGGAGAUCUACACCUGCAAGGACGGAUGAUCCGGCCGGACGGCCCCCGGCGGGCCCCGGUGCCGCCUCGCCGACUGGGCGAGCUCCGUUCAAUGCCACCGUCGAACGGAGAGGGGGGAGGAGGGUGGAAGCCGCGCCGGCGGUGCCGGUUCUGUCCGUUGACUUCACAGCCCCCCCCCACCCACCCGCUCGACGCGACGCCGGAGCCGGAGGCAGCUCGUGCUUCCGUUUCACUUCUCGGCGAUGCGUUCAUCGAACGGAGAAACGAAACAAUUGGGGGGAGCGGGGGUGGGAUGGGGGGGUUGGGAUGAGUGGCCGGCGUUCUUCCACUUUGCUCUUGUUUCGUAGCGACGACGGAAGACAGAGAGAGAGAGAGCAGUGCGACGGACGGUGAGCGAAGGCGUCGUCGGCAGGGGGUUUGUGGACGGACCAACAACACAGGCACCGACGCCGGAGCCAACCACCCCCCCCCAACCCUGCCUCGGUCUCGUCAAGCAGACGACUCGGGCUGAAGGGCACCCCGCGGGGUUGCGCAAUGGCCGCACCGGCAAGAGCACGAACUCGGCACGCGGCGCGUGAGAGAGGGCCCGGCGUGACCCGGCGCAGGGACGAUGCUCGCACCGCCAAACUCGUGGAGGACUCCGGCGUCGUCGCUCGACCGCUUGCGCCCUGGCGGACGGCGUCUUCGUUGUCGUUGUCGCCGCCCGUGGUGGUGGCGACGCUGGUGGCGCUGGUGACCCAGUGCCCGGCUGCGGGGACGUGGAGAUGAACGAUCGUGUUGUGCUGCCGCACCGAGGGGCCGAGUGGCUCGGUCUCGACGUGUGUCAUUCCGCGAGUCGUUCCUCGGCAACGUAGCGGCAGGAACGAUGCGGGUGUGUUCCAGGGGCACCAGGGACGCCAGGGGCGCGUCGCGUUUGGGUACACGCAUGGAGAUUUGCGAAUUAUGCGAACGAAAAUGUACACGCUGUUUCAUGUAGGUUAUUGGGGGGGGGCGAAUAAAACUGUGCAAACGACACAAAAACCCACGAGAAAUUAUACAAACGAGACGGUAGAAAGAAUGGGUUCUCCAGUCGAAUGGCAGUCGUGAAUAAUGGCGAUUCAUCGAAUCACUGGGGGUGUGGGGGAGGCAAAUGAAAUGAUCUCCCUUGUGUGUCACAAUUCACCUCCCCCCUCCCCGCCCCUCCUGUGUCAGGACCGAUACAAAACCAGACGAAUACCUAAUUGAUCGUCAGGUUCCCGGAGUUGAAGGGUGUUUUGUAGAGCCGGGUGUAAACUCAAAAGACCAUGCCAGUCCCAAUUUGCAAGAGUGGCCCGGACCGUACUCGUAUCACGACUCAAACGCAGUUACGAUGCCUCCCGUAUGCCUCAUGUACAAAGGAGUGAAAACGCUUUGGAACCAGGAUACUCAUCUCGCGCAGGCUUGUGCCUGUUGCUCUUAUAGAGGUUGUCUUUUUGGGGGGGGGGGGGGGCUUAGAUCGCGUAAAUAUGUAUUUGUCGUUAAACCCGCCGCCACCACCCGACACAGCCGAUGAGUCAGGUUUGUCACGUAAACAAAACGUGCCAAUUAGUUACUAGUUCAGCACCUCCGGUUGUGUAUUGGAGAGUAAACCCACGACAUUUGCAAUUUGAGUACGACGUUUCGCUGGUGAUUACAUACAGCUUCAGAAUUGUGCCUUACGCGGCCUACAUGUUAAACUACUCUUGUGAAACUUAACCAUCCCGAAGACGAAUGCACUUACUCGAGUGGAGAUGACUGCACAGUACUUGUAGACAGGGAAGGGCUUGACAUCCUCGAACAACGGCUUGGGAUACAGCAACUUGGGAUACAGAAUUUUUGGACCGCCCAGUGCGAGUUCAAACAUGUGAAUGAAUGUUUCCAGUCAUACAAACAAAAUACAAAAAUCCUCCAUGUAUCCUUUCAACAGACAGUUGGGGCAAGGACUCAGAGCGAGCACAUAUUAGUCAUACAAACAUACGUAUUCAUAUGUAUCAUAUCCGCUAUUGCGAGUUCACGCGAAGACGAUGUGGGUAGGAUAAGAAAAUGUGUGGAUUGGAGGAGUUUUCUUCUACCUUGCGGUGAAUGGUAGCACCUCUCCUGGCUUCAGAGUUCGCGUAAACCCAUCACGUACAAGGCACCCGGAUAGAAACGUUGAUUCGUACUCACGCCAUUCACACAUGGCAAGCUUAGAGAGUCGAUUUCAAUCAACGAAUCGACGUGUCAUUACACCCCCGUUUUUAUACCCUUCGAGCACCUACGAACGCUGGCAGGGCACACGACCGGGGGUGGGUGGCCAACUCCAAGGGUCACUGUGAAUGUGCCGUUCUUACGUAGCGCAAAUAUUACACCACGAGGCAAGGACGAUGAUGACGACGAUGGACGAUGAUGAUGACUCGCGAUCAACUGCGUCUUUUUAAAGCAAGGACUGUCAAAGUGGUGUCCACUUUUCACUUUUAAAUUGCAUAUCUUCUACAUCCGAUACAAUGGGGGGGUAUAUCGUCCCAAUGCUACGGUUUCUGAUUGGUUCAACUGAGUGAUGUUUGGUAGAGUGAUGUGAAUAUGUGGGUGGUUCACGGACAAUUCCAUCCUGACCCUGACGAUACCUGCUGUAUAUUUGGAGUUUGCCUCUCUUCCCGUGGUCUCGUGGAUUUUUAUCCGGGUCCUCCGGUUUUUCCCUCCACAUUUAGAUUCAACAUCACGCAUUAAGAGUAUUUGGCUGCUAUACAUUUCCACGUGAUACGCCACUUCGUUGGGCUAUCAUAUGUGGCCAGUUCGCUUCUGAAAGAGAGCUUCUACAUAGCUCUGUGGGACUUAACAGGUAAAAUAAAAUUAAAAGUUUAAUUGUUUUUAUUCGAACGUUAUGCAGACUUCACGAACGUUCAUGCGGCCUGCGUACGAUGUUGCCCGAAUCGUCAAGCAAUGCGCGCGAACGUUCCCCGGCAGACUUUACGAUUUUUGCAAUCUAGACCUAAAUUGUGAACUGUCUCAAAAAGGCCUGAAGCGUUUUCAAGGCGGGUGUGCCUCAAAUGCGCUUACAAAUGUGGUUUGGGAAAUUGAUAGGCCAAAUAAAUAUUCUUGGUUCUUUCGAUAAAGUCACGUAGAAAGGAAAUAAUAAAAUAAUAAAAAUAAAACAUAAUGAAAUAAAAUUCUCACGACGUUUCGGCCACAACGCAAGCAGCCAAAUAAGAUUUAAAUUAAACUAUAUUUACACUUCCAUUCGCAAAAUGUCGCACAAGGCCAGAACUAAUAUCUACACGCCGCUAAGAAUGAAAUAACUUAGGAUUCGCUGAUUGGGAAGAAUCAAUAUCUAUUAUUCAAAAUCGGUGCAAUCUUUUCUUCUACUUGUAAGGAUGUCUAUUUGGAAGCCACGCACACCCUCUCUCUCUCUCUACCGAUGAACAAGACGAACACAGUACUCACUCGGGCGCCUCAACGAUGAGUGUUCCUGUUGUGACGCGUGCCGUGACGUCAUCCCGUGACGUCGUCCCGAACAGCUCACACGGUCCACCACGGGGCAGGCCAUCGGGAGAGUUCCACCCGCGGUGGACACGCGCGGUACGCUCUGUUUCGGUUGACGUCUUGAACGCCUCUCUCAUCAUGUGUCUUCGAGAGAGUCCGGAGGUGAACCGGCGAGGAAUUUCUGGCCUGUCCAACUGGCAUGUCCACGAGAUGGGGAGACAGGUUGGGGGGGGGUGAAUGAUACCUAUGGAAACUUCCAGACAGACUGCUGAAAUUGCGAGUUGUCUCACUAAACAGUCGGACGCCUUUCUAAAGGGCAGGCUCUGCCGGUAAUAAGUGAUAUUUGAAAAAAGUGUUUUAAACUCGCUUUUAUGAAAUGUACUCGUAAUGGCAGAACUCCACGACUCCAGGAAGUGGCCCCGAAGCUUGCCAUAAUGUAAAGGGCCGUGGCCAAUUACAGCCAAGUUGAGCGUGGACAAUUAGACCCAAGCCGAAACAUAACAUAUAAAAAAGAAUGUUUAAAAAUAUAGAUUUUUUAUGAUAGAAUAUAGUAUUGUCAUCAGUAUGACAUAAGUAUACCAAGUUUGCAGUCGAUACCACUUUGGGAAGUGGGUUAAAAUUGAGUUACAAUAUUUGAGGAUACAACAACGACAACAACAACAGAGUGAGUUAAAAGAAAGCGUGUCAUAAUAGAAAAACCCCUAAAAUUCAGUCCCUUCAAUCGUUGAGCUUGUAUCGAGAAGACGAUCUGUACAUUUCAAGCGACCGCAAACGACAUGAUUAUUCGUGACGGCACCAUGAGCUGCUCUCUUGCCAACGCGGACAGUAUUUAUACAGAGAUAUAUUGUGUUGUUAUUAUUCGUGUGUACAUAGCCGCAUUCUACACGUAUAGGUCAAUGUUAACGUUAUACGCUCUCAAUAAGGGUCAUUUAAAAUUAAAACUAAUAGCCGGAUGUCUUGCCAGGCAAUGCGUGCGCACUUACCUGAACGUAUACACGUCUGCGCAUGCUGUAGAUGCGCACACGCGUACA